UGUGUGGUGUGUGUGUGUGUGUGUGUGCGUGUGUGCGUUCGGGGGCGUCGUAGAGAGACCUCUUAUGCCCUGGCCUCUGCCGGGGCUGGUCGGAUCUUGUUCGUGAAUUCCAAGGUCUUCGCAGACGAGUUGUGCGAGAAGCUGUACGAGGGGGGCAUCUACUGCGACACGCUCCACGGAGGGCGGCCGCAGGAGAAGAGGCUCCUGGUGCUCGACCAGUUCAGGAAGGGCAGGACGCAGCUCCUCAUCGCCACCGACGUCAUGGGCCGCGGCCUCGAUGUCGAGGGCGUAACCCACGUCGUUGUCUUCGAGAUGGGUGGCGUCGAGGACGGACUACAUACACCGCAUCGGCCGCACCGGCCGGGGCAAGAGCGGCAAGGGGCACGCCCUGGUCUUCUUCGAGUUCUCCGACAAGCACCCGGACUGGGCGAAAGAGCUCAUCGAGGUGUUGGAGAAGUCCGAGCAGCCCGUGCCGCCAGAGCUCACCAAGAUCGCCGCGGACGUGGCCGCCGGCAAGCGCGGCUGGUCGACCAACUGGAGCUCAGGAGGCUCCUGGGGCGGCCGUGGCGGCUGGAAGAGCGACGGCUGGGGCGGCCGCGGCGGCGGCUGGGGCGAGAGCAAGAGCAUCUCCUCGGAGCAGAUCGCCACGGCCAAGGCCGGCGAGCAGUUCGUUGCCUGGGACGCGACGGCCGUCAAGUAGCCCCUGGCCGUGGAGUGAGCUUCCUUCGGGGAGCGCUCGGGGAGCAGCGGGCAGCUCGUGAGCCGCCCUUUAGUGCUGCCGGCCCGCUCCUCCUCCUCCUCCUCCACCCAAGUGCUCACCCUCCUCCCCCACUCGCCCCGGACCUGCGCCAGAGCAGGGGUUUGCACCCCUCGCUCGCGCGCGCGGGUCGUUCCGUGGCUGUUCCAGGCGCCCGGCGGCCGCUCUAGAGGGGCGGCGACGCCGGCCGGGGCGCUUGGCGUCUGCACGCGCCGCCUGCUUGCACGUGCAGCGCCACUCUCGCCGCACUUGCGACGGCGCGCCCCGUGAGCCGCUGCCGGACAAUCGUAUCCGCAGCUCGCCAAUGUGAGCAA